GUACAACAUCAGCAUCAUCUUCCGGGGGAGGGAAGGCGCGCAGAGAAACGGAAGGAGGACGACGGAGAAAGAGAGAAAGGGAGAGAGGGGGACAGAGAGGGGGAGAGAGGAGUCACACUGGAUACGGCUUGGACAAGAAAGAAAGAAAGAAAGAAAGAAAGAAAGGAACAUGCUGAUGAUCGAGUCGAGGCGGUGGAGGAUGUCGGAUUUACGAGAGAGGACUGUUGAAAUUUGACAGAGCGAUCCCGUUGAAACCCUGUUCUCGUUUUUUUCCUCUUCUACCUUCUUUUCAGUUUCAUUCCGUUUGAUCCCCGACCCCCUCCCCCCCGAACACGGAAACACGCACACACAUGCUGCGCGGACGCUGAAGGCGAGCAGAGGGGGGGGGGAAAGGAAGGGAAGCACCCCUGGAGAUGCCUCGGUAACGGUAACUGGCUCCACGGCCGCCGCGUCCUCAUCCCACGGAUGGUAAAUAAGAAAGGACACCCCGCAGACCAAUCUGGACUGAUGAAUGAGGAAGUAACGCAGCUUUAACCCCCCCCCCCCCGCACCCUUUCCCCUCACCCACCAAUCCACCCACCCACUGUGAAAUAAAAGAAAAUUCCCGUUUGGAUGGAUUUUUUUUUUUGUUCUCAAUCAUACAUGGCUUAGCCCCGAGGAGACGCGUCUCAGACAGCAAUGUUGAAUCACUGGUCUGGGUCAAUUAUUCAUUAGUGCUGUAGGUAGGUUUUAUUUUUAUUUGUGUAUUGCUUCAAUGUAGCAUUUUGCGCGCACUCACAUUUUCUUUUACAAUGUUUAGCCUUGUGAUAUCCGGCACAUAUUUGCAGGUAGUGUUUUGACCGUGUCCUUAUAAAGGCCUGUUUCUAUAGCCUCAUCAAUCUGUGUAGUAAGGGGGAGCCUUUUUUGAAGAUUUUUUCUUUUAUUAGUAAAAAAAAAAGGAGGAGGACGGCGGGAGGGGGGUGGAAAGAGAGAUACAAGGAGAGAAAGAAAAAAAAAUACCAAACAUGUUGCCUUCCCAAGAAGCCUCCAAGAUCUACCAUGACAACUACAUGCGCAACUCCCGCGCCAUCGGCGUGCUCUGGGCCAUCUUCACCAUCUGCUUUGCCAUCGUUAACGUGGUGGUGUUCAUUCAACCCUACUGGAUCGGCGACAGCGUCAGCACGCCGCAAGCCGGCUACUUCGGCCUCUUCCACUACUGCGUGGGCCCCGGGCCGUCUCCCACCCGGGAGCUCACCUGCUCUGGCAGCUUCGCCGACUUCGGCUCGAUCCCGUCCGGCGCCUUCAAGGCCGCGGCGGUGUUUGUGCUGCUCUCCAUGGUGCUGAUCCUGGGCUGCAUCGCCUGCAUGGCGCUCUUCUUCUUCUGCAACACCUCCACCGUUUACAAGACCUGCGCCUGGAUGCAGCUGCUGUGUGGAGUGUGCCUGGUGCUGGGUUGCAUGAUCUUUCCUGACGGAUGGGAUGCCGAGGUGAUCCGUGACAUGUGCGGUGAGCGGACGGGGAAGUACUCCCUGGGCGACUGCUCUGUACGCUGGGCCUAUAUGCUGGCCAUCAUGGGCAUCCUGGACGCCCUCAUCCUCUCAUUCCUGGCGUUCGUCCUGGGCAACCGGCAGACAGACUUCUAUCUUGAUGAUUUGCAGACAGACAACAGAGAUUUUGCUGUGUCGAGGAUCGAGGUGCGGGACAGAAGGGAGCCGAGGUACGGAGUGCAGCGUCUUCACUGAGGGCCGGAAGGGCACGGGACAUAAAUCCUCUCCUCUUCUCUUCGUCCGCUCCACGCUCCUUUUUCUCUCGGCUACAAUGAUCAGGACAUCAGCCCUAAUCAUAACGCAGACACCGUGUAGAGGAUUCUGUAAGAUAAAAAAACUAAAACAAACAACUAAAACACAGUGGUAUUAACUAUAUUUUCAACAACAACAAAAAGGUUGUACUGUGCAUUUAAAACGUGACUUUCUCGAUGAACACUUUUAUGUUGAAAAGAGAAGUAGGAGAUUUACUGUAUUUAAAGUCUUUAUUUGUGUGGGAAAUCCAGUCCUUAAGAUGAAAAACCAUCGUCCAUGUAUGAUUUACACCAAUUCAUUCAAACAUUGUUAUUUAAUGACUUGUGA